GUCCAUUCAAACCCAUCCCUGGGGCUUGGCCUGUACAGGCGCAUAUGUGAUACCUGUGACCAGCCGUCCUAGGCCGCUCAUCUACGGUAUACUAUUGAACCAUCCCAUAGCCCCCAGCGCGUGAGGACGAGCCAUCCCCAGUGGCUGCUACAGCCCCGCGAGCCAAAACUGUAUAAAAUUACAACUGGUCACCCGCAAGCCUAGGACAGGCGACAUCUGGGACGGUUUAAAAGGGCUAGCGCUGAACAGAUCCUCACAUCAUGGACCUAGGCCAGGCGGCAUGAUUGGAAUCCUUAUGCAGCAUCUAUGUUGCAACCAUAGUCGCACCCAAGCCAUGCAUAUGAGCGCCACCGCUGGCCAUGAUCUCCAACGUGUGGCAGCAGUGCAGUAUGCGGACGACACUAAGGCGCUGCUGGAGGGCAAGCAGGAGGUUGUGGCUUUCCUGGCAGCCAUGCACACCUUCCAGCACGCCUCAGGGCAACGGCUCAACCUAUCAAAGCAGGGCCAGUUACCGCAGCAGCAGCCGCAGCAGCAACCGCAGCAGCAGCCGCAGCAACAGCCGCAGCAGCAGCAGCAACAACAGGCUCAAAUACAGACGGACACCCAACAAGCAAUUGACACGGCAGUGAUCGGCUUGUGGGGUCGCUUAAAAGCAUUCACAGCACUGGGAGUGCCGCGGAAGGGCUGGGAUCAAGACUGGGGCCUUACGGUAUCCCCUGCUGUGUCGGGCGUGCUUAGGGGCCGCCUGGCGGCUGGGGCGGUCAGGGCGGGCAGCGACUUUGCUGGCACGCUGGCGGCGUCGGGCGUGGACGCCAAGGACAAGACCGCGGCCGUGCAGGCGAAGGGUGAGCUCGCUGCCAAGGGCAGAGCGCAGACGGUUGCACCACCCAGCUUCAACAAGUGUUCCCCGGUCACGGGAAAAGGGGCUGAGCCCCUCCACAGUCUGAGGCCGAACAACCUCAUCGCCCGGACAUAGCCGGGGUCGGUUUCCACAGGCACAUAGCCAAACCAGGUGCCUAGCAAUCGCGACCAUCCAGUUUCAAAAAAGAAGUUGUGAGGUGGCGGUCUGCGCAAGGGGGCAGGGUGAGGCGGGCGAAUGGGCUAGCCCACAUGAAGCAGUGGAUGGGCAAGCAGCCAGACAUGCUCGAUUUUGUGAUGUCUGAGGAUGGAAAUUGGCUAAAGAAGGUGUAUUUCAACACGCGGAGGUGACGACUCUUGUGAACAUGAGGUGAGGCAUGAGGCAAGGCACGGUGGAGGUUGGUGCAGGGUUCAGGCUUCAGCCAGCCAGUCAGUCAGGUUUCAGGUUCAGGGUCAGGGUUCAGACAGUCAGGGUCAGGGUCUGUGUAAGACAGCAGGUUC